AUGACAAUUCAUGCUAAUAUACAGGCUGUUGAUGAUUCGAGACAUACAGUAAGACUAGCACGAUUAGCAGAUGAAACAAGUCGUUUACUUUUUGGACAUACCACAAGCUUGCUGGACGAUCUAUUUCUUCAUCCAUUAUCAAUCGACUAUUUGAAUGUUUAUCUUUCAUUACCAAUCUUUGGACAACGUCUUCUCUAUCAUCAUCAAGCACAACAAUUUGAAUUCGAUCCACCAGUGUCAUGUAAACAUCGAAAUGACAGCGAACUGUUUCAAGAAACAAAACAAUGGUUGAUUGACUGUCGUCUAAAUAAUUUCAUAUAUACAGACCUUUACAUUGAAAGUCUACUUGGCCUAUUACUAAUUAAAUCAGAUGAGUCGAUACAUGCAUUCAUUGACUCGAAAGAAAUCACGAUUGAAGAGCAAUCAUACAUAUUCUCAACGGUAACUGAUAUUCGACGAUUUCACCAAUUUCUUCAAUCUACCACGGGUGUAAAAUAUUGGAAUUUCUUUAUUGAUUCGAUGCGUAUUUUACAAUCUCGUUAUUCGUCUCGAUUUAAUCGCAUUGAUAAUUCACAUUUGAAUUUCAUUCAUAAGUACUAUUCUCAACAAAAUGAAUUUCGUUCAACCAUGAUCGAUGGUAAGAAAUCAUCUAUGCCUGAUUCAACCACAUCCGAUGCAGUCUGGUUUCAAAUGGCAAUGAAUGCCAUGCAUCAAUUACGUACAUAUUGGUUGCCACGAUAUAUAAGUGAAGUACCAUCGAUGAUGCAGUGGAAAAUAAAAACAACGCUUGCACCAAUGACAGUUACUGUGGACAAUGUUGAUAAAGAUACUCCUCCAUCAAAUUCUCAAUCUCAUACUGAGGAAAUAUUCGAUAAAGUUAACUUCGUUAAAGUUACGUUAGAUAAUAUUUCAUACAUAGAUCACAGUCCGCAACAAUCUCUUCUCAUCGAUUCAUCUAAACAACAUGAUUUUGAAGAAGACAAUGAAGUUCUAAACACGUUUGACAAUCAUCAUCAAACAAAACCAGACGACAAAAUUGAACCAGAUCAGCAACCUUCUGCACAAUCUAUUGAAGAUUAUGCUACUGAUCAUAAUUUCGAAUUAUUUUAUCGCAUCUUUGUAUCCGAUUCUUUAGCUGGCGGUCCAUUCCUCCAUUAUCUCUCGUUAACAUCAUCAAAGGACGAAGCAACUUCACUUCAGACUUGCCUUCAUUUCAUUACCGAUGUAGAAGUUGUUUUGUCUACACCAUCAGGAAACUUCAAAACAAGAAUUCUUAAACAAUUUAUAUCUCGAUAUCUGACAAACUCGACGAUAGACCACCUGCCUAUUCAAUUAUUUGACAAUUUCCAUGAACAAAGAACCGAGUUCAUCGACAAUCUACUAACAGAAAACACCGAUAAAGAAUCACUCUUUUGGAAAACUCACUUCAAGAUAACAAAAAUACUUGUUCCUCAUUUCCUCAAAUAUAUCAAAUUCGAUCGAUUACGGUUUCUUCUACAAAACAAUACUACGAAUACAAAUAACCUUCUCCAUUGUAUGCCUACGAUCAACUUUGAAAAACUUCGAGUCGGCCAGCAGACUACUUCGAAACAGAAAGAUUCAGAUGAAGCACCGUUCAUCUCGCAAAUCAAUCGAAAGAAUUGUGGAAUACAAUUGAAUGAUCUUUUAAAGCCAUUGAACGAAAGGCAAUAUCAUACAGCUGAAAAGCUCAUCAAUACAGACGAGAAAUGUGAAUUUCCGCCAAGUAAACGACUUCGUCCAAUGAGUACUAACGAACUGAAACAAGAAUCACGUCAAUUUUGUACGGCAUCUCAUUGGACAACAGUGCCUGUAAAUGAAUCAAAAUCACCUGAUCCAAUCAAACAAACUUCAAUAGAAACCUUGAUUUAUCCAGAUAUGAUGCAAAUAGAUUGUUACGUAUCUAAUCUGAUGAAUGAAAGUCUUCAUCUAUACGAGAUCAAUCGUGCAUUUGAAGUGGAAAAGAGACCAUCGUUGAUGGGUAACAUUAACAUGCAUGUAUUCCAAAAACACGAUAGAAAAUUCCUCUCAUCGAAUGGUUUCUAUUUUAUUAAUCCACCAAAUAACAGCAUUGAUCCUUCUAUUUCUGCUUAUCUUUACAGUAAUCGUUCACGAUUUGUCUCUCAAUUUACACUUCAUCAACAGUCUCACGCGUCUCCAACUUCAUUCUCUGGUUUCAUCAAAGAUUUUACCAUCGACGACUCGGGUAUUGGACAUCUAUCAUGUAAUCUAACCCAAAUUGAUCGUCUCAAACUGAACACAAAGAUCAAGUUAUACACAAAUGAUCAUCGAGAAUUCUUACUUGCGAAUUUACAAUCUUACACAAUUGAUUCACAUGCACAACAAUUGCAUUUAUUUCUCGAUCAGUUCACUUUACCAAAUAUUACGAAACCAUCAGCAUUAAAACAAACACAUGAUGCCUUCCAUGAAUCGUUAUACCUUGCACCGCAAGAUAAAUGUAACGACGUCAAAAUUUCGAUCGCUGACAAUCAAACUUCACCAUUUUCUAUUGAUGACCAGAAUCAGUUAUUAACAUUUAUUCAAAGUGAAUUAACUAACCAGAUUUGGCCAGCGCAAGAAUAUCUCGGCAUAAAACAACAAAGAACAUGGCGUGCAUUCCAGUUAGCCGCAGAAGUAUCAAGUAUCGAUAGCAGAUUAGCACUAAAUUAUCAUCAUGACGUCGAUUGGAUCUCUACGGAUUACGAUCUAGGAUCGUUUGAUGAAGGAGUUGAUACAAUUCAACAAAAGUUCACUAACUCUAGCACAGAUAAUAUUGACAGCUGUUGCAAUCAAUACUAUUAA